AAUAUCCGUUACCUCCUACACAAAAUUGACAAAAUAAAAUCGGUUGUAACUUCUGUUUUUACUCCUUUGAGUCUUUGAGUGCGAGUGACGAAAAUAGCGAGACUUAAGUAGAUUGACGAAGCUUUUCCUUCAGUGGCACUAAAGCUCGCGUGGGGCUGAAGGCCGGAUGUUCUCUAAUAUAGUAACUGUCGAUCCGUCUCCGACCUACAAUAAAAACAGGAGUUUGAGCAAUAUAUAUCAGAAGUUUCAAAGUCUCCUCGGCCGUGGUACGAAUAUUGACAUCGGCAGCUGCGCUAAAGAGGACAUGUUAUCUGCGAGGGGCAGUACGGUCGCAUCAGAGGACAGUUUCAUUACGCCGGUGUCUUCGGUCGGAGAUCUGAUGGCGAUGUCACCGCGAGGCAAGCAGGCCCAGGAGUCGGCUGAUGUGACGAGUGACCUGCUCACGGGCGGUGACUUCGACAGUGUUUGUGAUAUAACCAUGCAGGAACUUCAACAUUACGAGGAUCCUUUGUACAUGGAUCCGACAAGUAUGGACUAUCUAGUGAAGUGUGCCGAGUCCACUCACAGCAACAGUCACGUAGACCGCGGCAAGGAAAGCUUGUUCAUAAAAUUCGAUCCGCUUUACGCUCGUCAAAAACCCCCAUCCACUCCUACUGAAUCCCUCCCGGACUCCACGGAGGCUGACAUAGGCUACGAAACAGGAAGUGCUGCAUCCAUUUUCGCUGACAACAGUGUCGCUACGCCUAAGCAUUCAAUGUCUGUGGGAUCUAUCUCAUGUGCAUGGGAAAAGCCUACUCAAGUGGUUCCACCCGUCAAAAACGAUUUGGCCAAAACUGAAACUAAACGAAUGCCGCCGUUGGUUCGAAGUGCCUCUGCAAUCGUAUCGUCUAGUCAUGUAGCUACAGACAGGCUCAUUAAUUUCAUAGGGAGUACACCGCCUGUGGCUGCUCCCCGCAGUCCUCAUCACCGUUCAAACACCCACCAGGUAGACAGACUACAUUCUCUUCGACUUAUACUCCAGAAGCAGGAACAUGAAGCUUUAUUACUCAGACAGGAAAAUGGAGAUCUCAAGUCUGCGUUACACAACAUUGAGAGUAGAUACACAAGUACUAUUGAGGAGUUAGAGUUAAAAGUUAAGAAGCUUAAGGAUGAAAAACAUAAUUUGAUAGAGAGAGAAAACCAGCUACUUCAGCAGCUUCAUGACAAAAACCUGAAUAACAAACAAAUGGGUGUAGUAAUGGAAGAAUAUGAGAAAACUAUAUCUUCUCUGAUCGGUGAGCAUCAGCGGGAGCAACUACUGACGCGGGAAAUGCAACAAAAACUAAGCACUGAACGAGACCAAGCUUUAAGUCACUUGGCAAGCAUGGAAAGCUCAUUCAACGACUUGCUGUCCAAGUAUGAAAAAUGCAAAAGUAUUAUUAUGGAACAUAAAGAUACGGAGAAAAUAUUUGAGCAGAAAAUUACAGAGUAUGAAGCUGGUUUGAAAAAAUAUGAAGAACUUUAUACAAACUUGAAACAAAUUACUGAAGAGAGCUUGUCUAAAGCCAAUGAAACAUUGGAAACUGUGAAGAAAAACCAUAGUGUGGAGCUAACAAAGUUAAAUGCUACCAUCAAGAAGCAUGAGAUCAAAAUUUCGUCUCUAGAGGAGUCACUGUCUCAAAAAAUAAGAGAUAAUGAGGAGUUAACAAGAAUUUGUGAUCAGCUCAUAAAUGAGGUGCACUAGAGUGCACCAUUUUAGAGAUAUUUAACUGUAUUCUAUUAUCUAAAAUCUCUGUGAUGAAUCUCUACAAUUAUGACAUUAUUAUGACUUUAGUUAUAGUUGGAUAUAUUAUUAUAACUUUUUGAUUAGAAACAUAUUAGGGGUCAGUCAUUAAUUACAUCACACAUUUAGGGAGUAGGGGUCAAGAAAAUGUGACAUGUUGUGCCAAGGGGAAGCUGGGAGUCACAAACUUUGUGAUGUCACUUUAAAUUAUUUUAUUCGCUGUACAGUUAAAUAACAAGUUUUUGGAACGAUUUUUUAUUCAUUUUAUUUAUCUGUCCUAAUCAUUUUUGGGUUAUAAAAUUAGUAAUAUUUCUUUUGUCAAAAUAUUUUUAUAAAAUAUUAAUUCGAUUUUGGGUGACGUAAUUAAUGGAUGAACCCUUAUCUAAGAAUGCUAUUUUAUGUUUGCGCUUAUUUGAUAUUCCAUUUACAGGUGUUGGUGCUUGUUGACUAAUUUGUAGGAACUGUUUUAAAAAUGUACAUUGUGAAUUCAUUUUUUUAUAAAUUCCAUUAAAAAAUACAAGACAGCUUCUACUAGAUAGAUUAGACUUCGAACUUGUAAACAUAAAAUAGGUGUAACACUUAAUAAUUACAAACUCUAUUAACAAAUUAUGUGUAAACUAAUCAAGUAUUGUCCCUAAUGUCCUUAUCUUGAUGUUAAAUGCCUUGUUUAGAUGUUUGACUGACUUAAAAAUCUUAAAAUGUUUAUUUCUCUUUUUUUUGUUUUGCUCUAUGUCAAUUAGUUACUUAUCGCGUCCAAAUCCCGCCUAUGUUUUGUAUAGACGGAUUAAAAGUGCUCCUACACUGGCUGUUAUAUAAUGUUCUAUAACAUAAAACAUUGACAGGGACAGCAUAAUAAAACACUAUCACUACUAUCAUUUUGUCCCUGCCACACGAUGUAAUAUAACUUUACAUAGCGGCUAGUGUGGGACCACCAUAAGUUUGGGUAUAUUAAAGAAACUAUAAAUUGAGAGAUUUAAAAUAUUGUGCAACAUAUUAAACGGUUUUUAGUUUUUCUAUUUGCUAAAGUCUUUAUAAAACCCAGACUUCUUUACUGCAUCUAAAUCAUAGGACUGAGGUGUAGUGUUUCUCCAUUUCACCUUAUUCUACAAUAUAGGAGCCUUUGUUUAGGUAGACAUCCGUCUAAGAUCGGUGUAUCUAAUAUUUAUUAUGAUAUAUGCUUGUACUUAGAUUACAUUUUUCUGAAAUAAAAAGCUGUAAUUAAG